AUGGCGAAGCCGCGGCUUCUUCUCUUCCUGCUGGUCGCCGCCACCGCGCUCCUGCUCGUCGCCUCCGCCAAGAAGUCCGGCGACGUCUCGGCGCUCCAGAUCGGCGUCAAGUACAAGCCAGAAUCGUGCAGCAUCUCGGCUCACAAAGGUGACAGAGUUAAAGUUCACUACCGUGGAACACUUACCGAUGGAACAGUUUUUGAUUCUAGCUAUGAAAGGGGUGACCCGAUUGAAUUUGAAUUGGGCACUGGUCAAGUGAUCAAAGGAUGGGACCAGGGAAUUUUGGGCAUGUGCAUUGGUGAGAAGAGGAAGCUGAAGAUCCCUUCAAAGCUCGGCUAUGGGGAUCAGGGAUCGCCACCUACCAUUCCAGGCGGAGCAACUCUCAUAUUCGACACAGAGCUUGUCGCUGUCAAUGGCGAGCCAUCUAGCAAAUCAGACGAGGAUGACGCUGAUCUGUAG